AUGGAAAAAUUAAUGUAUAAUAGACUAAUUGAUUAUUUUCAGAAGAAUAAUGUUCUCUUUAAUGGCCAAUUUGGAUUUCGUGCUAGCCAUUCAACUGCGCAAGCUAUUCUCCUAAUAACUGACAAAAUACAGAAUUCAAUAGAAAAGAAACUAUUUUCCUGUGGUAUAUUCUUGGACCUAAGUAAGGCAUUUGACACUGUUAAUCAUGACAUACUAAUCCAAAAACUUGAAUAUUAUGGUAUCAGAGGAUUACCGGGGGAUUGGUUUCGUUCCUAUUUAACUAGUAGAUCUCAAUUUGUUUCAAUUGAAAAUACCAACUCAGUUCUAAAGUCAAUCACUUGUGGCGUUCCACAGGGGUCGGUUUUGGGACCAUUACUAUUUCUACUAUAUAUUAAUGAUUUUUGUAACUGUGCUCCACAGCUGGAUUUUCAUCUUUUCGCCGAUGACACUAAUCUCUUUUGUGCUGACAAGAGCUUACAGGAUCUAGAAUUCAAAAUGAAUAAUCAAUUGCAAUAUGUAAAUGAAUGGCUAUGUGCUAACAAACUGUCCCUCAAUGCAGAUAAAUCAAGCUUUGUCAUAUUUCAUCCUCCUCAAAAGAAACGUAAUUAUCCAUUUAAGCUUCUAAUAAGAGGAGAGGUUAUAGAGGAAAAGAAGAGUGCAAAUUAUUUGGGAGUAAUUAUUGAUUCCAAUCUGAACUGGAAAGCUCAUGUUCAUGAGUUAUCCAAAAAACUAGCUAGAAGUAUUGGUGUACUGUCCAAAUUACGUCAUUUUGUCCCUACAAGUAUUUUAAUCCAAUUAUACUAUUCUAUUAUUUUUCCAUUUCUGAUAUACAGUGUAAUCAUAUGGGGAAAUACCUAUCAAUCAAACCUUUGUCCUCUAGUAGCUCUGCAAAAAAAGCUAUACGCAUCAUUACCUUUUCUAACUUCAGGGAGCAUAUUUCUCCUCUAUUUAAAAAAUUGAAUGUAUUAAAAUUUCCAGAUAUUGUUUAUGUAUACAUAGCACUUUUUGUACAUCAGUAUAGUAAUGGCAAACUUCCUGAGGCCUUUGAUGACUUCUUUAGCCUAAUACAAAAUCAGCAUAAUUAUAAUACUCGACUUGCUCCAAGAUCAACCUACUCUCUUUCUCCAGCUCGCACAAAUUAUGGCAAAUUUAGAAUCAGAUUCAGAGGAACUCAAAUUUGAAAUGAAAUUGACGAGUCUCUUAAAACACUUUCUAAAUUUGCUUUCAAACGCAAACUAAAAGAACUGCUGAUUGGUGCCUAUUAAAUCACAUCACGAAAUACCUAUAUUUUUCCUUUUUUCCCCUUAAUACUAUUCAAAAUAUUUGAGCCAUUUUUGUCUUUUUUUUUUCUUCAUGUUUUCGUUGUCUUUGUAAUUAAGUUUAUUAAGCGUUUCCAUAUUGAUUACUGUCUUACUCUCCUAAUCAUAGUUUUUCUUGUGUCUCUUUAAAGGCCACCUGUCUCGAUUAGCCCUUAUGGUUAUUACAGGUGGCCUUCACUCUCAUUUGUAAUUUUUUAUCUUUAACAGGAUGUAUUUGUAUCUUUUUGAGUGUAAAUAAACUAUUGUUAUUAUUAUUAUUUAGGAAAGUAUGUUGAACGUCUUCGUGGUGCUGAAAAGAAGAUCGAAACGUUUCCAUGUCCUACAUGUCGCUCAGAGUUUACUCUCAAAUCAAACCAAGAUGUUGCUGAACUGCCAAGUAAUUAUUUCAUCAAGAAUAUGCUAGAAAUCAUGGCGAUUCAACGAAAAGCGAAAGCGUCUGCUGCGUGUUCACACUGCCAAGAUCCUGCCAUUAAUCAGUGCGCAUUGUGCGAAAUGUUUAUGUGUAAGAAAUGCUCAGAGUGGCAUGAUAUUUGGCCUGCCCACAAAAACCAUAAUUUGUUAUCGGUGGAGGAACUUAGCAAUCCUGAACGUCAAGUGAAAAUGAGAAACAAGCUUUAUUGCACGAAACACGAAGAUGAAGUACUCAAAAUAUAUUGCGAAACAUGCAAGGAACUUUGCUGUGUAGAUUGUAUGCUAUUAAAUGUAUGCUAUUGUAUGCUAUGGCAGUGAACGAGAUUGCACAGAAGCAAAGAGAAACAUUGCAAUCAAGCUGCACAACACUUGAUGAGAAAUUAGCUGAAGGAAAGGAAGCGUUGAACAACAUUUGUGAGGUAAUGCAAUCUCUGGAAAAGAAUGCUAAAACUACUAAGGAGCGAAUCAGGGAACAAAAGGAAAAUAUCUUGAAGAUUGUGACAGAAAAACUUGAUGAGCGAGCAGAGAAAAUGAAUGAUGACGUGGACAAGGUUUAUGGUGAAUUACACAGUGAACUGAGCAAACAACAUGAUGAGAUUAAAGAUUAUCUUGAUAAAGUCCAAGCUUCAGUGUCCUUGCCAAGAAAUCUCCUAAAGAAAGGAAGUAUCGCAGAAAUCAUGUCAUCACAAAAAUUGAUCGAUGAGAAAAUUGAGAAGUUGAGCAAUCAACAACCAGAGAAUCUGGCCGCAGUGAAUGAUGGUAGUAUUCAGUAUGUACCGGACGACAUUGGUAACAUCAAUGUUGAUGAAAUUGCUGAUAAGUUGGGAUAUGUGGAAG